AUGUCUUGCGCUGAUAACACUUGUUUGCGUGGAAUGAUCUUGAUUGUCCGUUGGAUUCCUGUAGUUUUCAUUCUAGCUUUACUUUCUUGGGCUUAUUAUGCAUAUGUGGUACAAUUAUGCAUUUUUACGGUUGUUAGUCGUGUCGAACGUGGUAUUUACAUAUUUGUGUUUCACUUACUUUUGUUGAUGUUUUUGUGGUCAUACUAUGAAACUAUAUUUCAACCAAUUGGUCAACCUCCAAAAAUAUUCUAUGUUGAUGCGGAGACUCGACGAGAACUUUUGAAUGCUGAGGAAAGUGAAUGUAGAGAAAUAUUGAAUCGUUACGUGCGACAGUACCAAAUCCCUGUUGACAAUCGUAAUUAUGAUGGGGGUAAAAAUACUUUGAGAGUUAGUGCUGGUUUCGGUCGAUUUCAUAUCCUUUUUCUUUUUUUCGUGGCUGGAAUGUUUGCUGCCUCCAUCACUUGUUUAUUUGCUUAUCACCUUUAUUUGACUGCUCGUAAUCGCUCCACUAUUGAAUCAUUUCGUCCACCAGUAUUCGUUUAUGGCUCAGAUAAAAAUGGAUUUAAUUUGGGUGUGCGACACAAUUUCAGACAAAUUUUUGGUGAUAGCUGUCUCCUGUGUUGCGGUAAUGGCGUACAAUACCCGGUGGGUUCUGGGGCAGCACAACAGUCGCACAUUUCGAUUAGCAUGGGUAAGAUUUAA